AUGUCUGCGACAAAUCCCAAAGUGGAAUCGGAGAAGAAUUUAUCCAGCGUUGAAGUCACUGCAGUACCUCAAUUCAGUGACAAUGCGCAUCAUGUAGCUUUGGAAGAUGUAGAUGAAGCUGCAGCCUUCGUUGCUGGGUUUAAAGGGGAGAUAACCAAAGAGAUGUCAGAUAGAGUACGAAGAAAGUGUGAUCGGCAUAUGCUGCCUCUAAUGAUGGUACUGUAUUUUGUGCAAUUCACCGACAAAACGACACUAGGAUCAUCCGCUAUUCUAGGCAUUAAAACUGAUAACCACCUCACACAAGGACAAUACAACUGGCUGGGAACGAUAUUCUACUUGGCGUACCUUGUAUUCGAAUGGCCUCAAUCCGUAGCUCUGCAAAAAUUUCCUCCUGGUAAAUGGAUGGCUUGCAACAUUUUGGUAUGGGCCGUUGUUUUGUGCUGUCAUGCUGCUUGCUCAAGCUUUGCGGGACUUUUCGUCUGCCGGAUGUUCUUGGGUAUCUGUGAAGGCUCAAUCACUGCCGGAUUCUUGAUCCUUACAAGUAUGUUCUACACCCACGCCGAAGGUACUCAACGGGUCGGAUAUUGGUUCCUUAUGAACGGUACCGCUCAAAUCUUCAACGGAUUCGUCUCUUUCGGUGUAUAUCACAUCAAUCCUGAGAUCAUCCACCCAUGGAAAAUUUACAUGAUCAUCACUGGUGGUAUCACCCUAGUCGUCGGAAUAUGCUUUUGGUUUUUCAUCCCUGAUAACCCUAUGAAAGCUCGUUUCCUAACUCAUGAAGAGAAAAUUAUCGCUAUCGAGCGAUUGAGGGGUGAAUCUACGGGUAUUGAGAACAAGACUUGGAAGAAGGAUCAAUUCAUCGAAGCUUUGUUGGAUUGGAAAUCAUGGGCUUUCGCCAUCUAUGCUGGGUCCAAUAAUGUCGCCAAUUCUUUGACCAACAUGACUCAACUAAUCAUCAACUCUUUUGGAUUCACCGUCGGCCAAACAGCAUUACUAGGCUGCGUAUCUGGAGUGAUCGAGAUUCUCACCAUCUACUCAUCUGUAUUGGUGGUGAAGAAAUUCCCCAAUGCCAGAGCAUAUGUCGGAGCAUGUUAUUCGAUCCCCAACAUCGUUAGUGGAGCAUUGUUGAUUGGACUUCCUUGGUCUGCCAAAGCUGGUCUGUUAGUGGCGAUGUACCUUGGUGGAGUUGGUACACCGGGUUUCGUAUUGAGUCUUUCAUGGUGUGCGGCAAGUACUGCUGGACAUACUAAGAAGACCACUACCAAUGCGAUGUUAUUGAUUGGCUAUUGUUUAGGCAAUUUGCUAUCCCCUCAAAUGUGGGAGGCUAAAUACGCACCGAGGUACUACAUCCCAUGGGGCAUCAUCCUCGGUACAUACGUUAUCAACCCAAUCAUCCUGCUCGGAAUCCGAUACUUCCUCAAUAAGGAGAACAAGCGUCGAGACAAAUUGUUCGAAACUGGUCAAGCAGAGAACGAAAAGUUCGUGGAUGAACAAGGAAGAGAGAUCGAUUCUACUUUCCUGGAUAUUACCGAUAGAAAAAACCUUUCUUUCCGAUACCCACUCUAA